AUGAAGCCGCCUCCCACGGGAGGGAUGGAAAAACAGCCACGGGUAGAUUUUGGCUGGUGCUGGCCCCAGCCUGGCGCCAGAAGGACAGAUCCUGGCUCCCUGCAGGGCUGGGGGGGCCGGGCCGGGAGCGAGGGUCAGCCCAGGACACAGCGGGGCAUCGGGGCGCGGUGCCCCGUCUCCUCUGUACCCACAGUGCUGCCGAACCUGCCGUGUCCCCACGCCCCGUGAUCAGCGGCCAAGGGUUGUGCCGCGCCACAACCUUUGAGAUGAGCUGCGCUCACCUCGUGGCACCUGAAGCCUGGCAGUCCCCCCGAGAGGAGCCCCGGCCCCCAGUGCCCCCCAGCGCUGCUGUCCUCACCCCCUGCCGCCCCGGCAGAGCGAUGGCGGUGGCACUGGCGCUGCUGGUGCUGGUAGCUUGGCCAGCUGCCACCGCUGCGACGGUGACGCGGGACUCGCUGCUCAACGUCUGCAUGGACGCCAAGCACCACAAAACGGAGCCUGGCCCUGAGGGGCAGCUCUACGGGCAGUGUGUCCUCUGGAAGGACAAUGCCUGCUGCACUGCCAACACCAGUCAGGAAGCCCACGAGGACCAGUCCUACCUGUACAAGUUCAACUGGGACCACUGUGGGGCCAUGCCACAGAAGUGCAAACGCCACUUCAUCCAGGACACGUGUCUGUACGAGUGUUCCCCCAACCUGGGGCCAUGGAUUGACCAGGCAGACAACAGCUGGCGAAAGGAGCGGAUCCGGAACGUGCCGCUGUGCCGGGAGGACUGUGAACAGUGGUGGGAGGAUUGCCAGGAUGCUGUCACCUGCAAGACCAACUGGCACAAGGGCUGGAACUGGACCUCAGGCACCAACCGGUGUCCCCAGGGCGCCAUGUGCCAGAAGUUCAAGUUUGUGUUCCCGACGGCGGCUGCGCUCUGCGAGCAGAUCUGGUCUGGCUCCUACCUCUACACAUCCCACCACCGUGGCAGUGGCCGCUGCAUCCAGAUGUGGUUUGACCCCGCACAGGGGAACCCCAACAUUGCCGUCGCCCAGUAUUAUGCCCGUGGCAAUGCCCUCCCAAGCCCCCCACUCCCUGUCCUGCUGGCCCUGCUGCCCCCCACACUCCUGGCUCUGCUCUGAGCAGGAGAGGCUGCAGGCAGGAGCCGGCAGAGAGUGGUCAGGGGGGUGCCCAAGCUGUGCCCCCCCAUGGGAUGUCCCCAAGCUGUGUCCCCCCCAGGCAUGUGGACGAUGAAUAAAUACUCCUGCCCUG